AUGCGGUCCCUGGUGUUUCUCGGGAUGAGCUCCCUUGCCACGGCGACUUCCUUGUGGUCAUCGAAGGCUGCUUCUUGGGAUACGACUAAUGAGGCAUUUACUCUAGGGAAUGGAAAGCUUGGGGUGAUGCCGUUCGGAGCGCCGGGUGCGGAAAAGCUCAAUCUCAACCACGACGAGCUUUGGGAAGGUGGCCCCUUUGAAAUCGAUGGAUAUCGGGGUGGUAACCCUAAUUCUAGUAUGACGGAGAUUCUAUCCGAGAUCAGGGACGAGAUCUGGAAAAAGGGAACCGGCAACGAUUCACGACUGCACGGAGACACAAAUGGCUAUGGAUCGUUCCAUUCAUUAGCCAACCUUACUAUUGCGAUAGAUGGAGUUGACAAAGUGAGCGACUAUACUCGGUCGCUGGAUCUCGGCACCGGUAUCCAUACGACAGCCUACUCGACUAGCAAGGGAAAGUAUACUGCAGACAUCUACUGUAGCUACCCGGCUCAGGUCUGUAUCUACAAGUUGAACUCGACAGCACCGUUGUCUAACGUUACAAUCUACUUCGAUCAACUUGUCGAGCAAUCUUCACUCUGGAAUGCCACCUGCGACUCGGACUUCGCUCGUCUCCGAGGCCUCACACAGGAAGGGCCGCCCCGUGGGAUGACAUACGAUACGAUUGCGCGAACCUCUAUUUCUGGUAGCUGUGACAGUUCAACCGGAAAACUGUCUAUCAACGCCAGAAACAGCUCGUCUCUGACGAUCGUAAUCGGCGCGGGUACUGACUUCGACGCUACGAAGGGAACUGCGGCGACCGAUUACACCUUCAAGGGGGAGGACCCAGCAGAAUAUGUCGAGACAAUUACAUCCACAGCGCUGUCACAGCCAGAAUCAAAACUCCGGACAGCUCACAUCGAGGACUACAGCCGCUUGAUGGGCGCUUUUACUUUGGACCUGCCGGAUACCCAGGACUCCACAGACACAGAGCUCUCCACACUUAUAACCAACUAUAACGCCAACAAGACGGACGGAGACCCUUAUUUGGAGAAGCUACUUUUCGACUAUGGUCGCCACUUAUUCAUCUCAUCAUCGCGCGAGAACAGUCUUCCGCCCAAUCUUCAAGGCGUCUGGAGUCCCACGAAAAAUGCAGCAUGGAGCGGCGAUUACCAUGCCAACAUCAAUCUGCAAAUGAACCUUUGGGGAGCGGAGGCAACAGGACUAGGCGAUCUGACAGUCGCUGUCUUCAAUUACAUGGAACAGAACUGGAUGCCGCGUGGUGUCGAAACCGCCGAGCUGCUUUACGGUGGUUCUGGCUGGGUAACUCACGACGAGAUGAAUAUUUUCGGACACACUGGGAUGAAAACCUAUCAAACCUCAGCGAAUUAUCCGGCCGCGCCGGCAUGGAUGAUGCAACAUGUCUGGGACCGCUACGAUUAUUCGCGCAACAAAACAUGGUUCAAUGAACAGGGGUGGCCGUUACUGAAGGGCGUCGCCGAGUUCUGGGCCUCUCAAUUACAAGUUGAUCAGUUCAGCAAUGACAGUUCUCUCGUUGUUAACCCGUGUACCUCCCCCGAACAAGGGCCGACCACGUUCGGCUGCACGCACUGGCAACAGCUCAUUCACCAAGUCUACGAGAACGCAAUCCAAGGCUCAGACAUAGUUGGUGAAACCGACUCCACCCUCAUAAGCGACAUCAAAAACCAACUCCCCCGCCUCGACAAAGGCCUCCACAUCGGCACCUGGGGCCAAAUAAAGGAAUGGAAACUGCCCGACAGCUACGACUACGAGAAGGAGGGCAACGAGCAUCGCCAUCUUUCUCAUCUUGUCGGCUGGUAUCCAGGCUGGACUCUAUCCUCGUACUUCAACGGCUAUCACAAUGCUACGAUCCAAUCCGCCGUUAACACCUCCCUUAUCAGCCGUGGCGUGGGUUUAUACACCAACGCCGGAUGGGAGAAAGUAUGGCGAUCCGCUUGCUGGGCUCGUCUCAAUAACACGGAAAAAGCUCACUACGAACUCCGUUUGACCAUUGACCAGAAUAUUGGCCAGAGUGGGCUGUCCCUUUACAGUGGUGGUGAUACGCCGUCUGGCGCCUUCCAGAUCGAUGCUAAUUUCGGGUAUCUUGGAGCUGUGCUGAGUAUGUUGGUUGUUGAUAUGCCGCUUGAUAGUACCUAUUCUGAAGACGAUAUUCGGACGGUUGUUCUGGGCCCUGCUAUUCCUGCUGCUUGGGCUGGCGGUAGUGUUCGGGGACUUCGUUUGCGAGGAGGUGGAAGUGUCGACUUUUCUUGGGAUAGUAAGGGGUUGGUGGAUAAGGCGAGUGCGCAGGGAGUCUCGGAUAAUGUUCGUAUUGUUAAUGUUGAGGGGACUGUGCUUGUUUGA